AUGUACUUCUCCACAGUGUGCAGAGAGCGGGCAGUGGUGGGCAGUGGCGGGCAGAGGCAGGAAAGUGCGGCCUCUUCCUGUGUCGGUCGCCUGCAUCACUGUUUCCCACAUCGAGAGGACGAGCAAAUGACUGAUAACGCUCGAACAGGUGUUGGUGUCCUCCACGAAAGUCUCAACGCGUACUAUUGUCCGAUCCCGGCUUCACCCACACGUCCCACCGGCUCCACGCUCCCGCCCGGGUCGCAGGCGCCGACUCUAGCCUCGGUGCCGCGUGUCCUAAUCGCAUAA